UGGACGGAUGUCUAAUUACACUGGGAGGUUUUGACGGCAUGACCUGCAUUAAUGCAGUAGAAAGGUAUGACCCAUUGAAGAACUCCUGGUCUAAGUUGACACCAAUGCUGAGGAACAGGGCAUCUGCAUCAGCCGCUGUCCUGAACGAUCAGAUUUACGUUAUGGGAGGAACAGAUGGAGACAUGACACUGGAUUCAGUGGAGCGUUUUGACCCAUUUGAGGGAUGCUGGUCUCUCUGCCCAACCAUGUCCACCGCUAGGGAAGCUUCAGGAUGCACCGUGUUUCUUGGCUGUCUGUAUGUGGCUGGAGGACGAGAUGAACUUGGUCUGUCAUUGAGGACUGUGGAGAAAUACGACCCAGACAUGGUCCGUUGGAGCCCGGUUAGGGCUAUGAACAACAAGAGAUUUCAGGUCUCUUUAGUGCUGUUAAAUGGCCUUCUAUUGGCUAUUGGAGGAUUUGAUGGUGUAAGUGACCUUAAAACCACGGAGGCGUAUGACCAUGAGACAAACUCUUGGAGACAUUUUGGCAGUAUGAAGUCCAAGCAUCCUGGUGGACACGUGGCUUUGAUUAAGGCUGUGUGAAAUUAGGUAUAUUGAUUGAAGUAUAUUGAUGAUAUAUAUGAUAAUAAAUGAAGUGAAAUGAAAUUCUGUAUUGUAAAUUUCU